GACUUUUAUUUUGAAAACUCCUACGUGCGACCAUGUUUUACACAGGCCAUCCUGCAGUGGGCUUCACACAGCUCCUGAAGCUAAGGGGCUAAUAUGUCGAUGGAGGAUCCUUUUUUCGUGGUUAAAGGAGAGGUGCAGAAGGCCCUGUCCAGAGCACAGGGGCUGUUCGAGCGCUGGGAGGAGCUGCUGCAGGAAGAGACCCCCGUCAGCCGCGAUGAGCUGGACUGGAGCACCAAUGAACUCCGAAACUGCCUGAGGGCCAUCGACUGGGACCUAGAGGACCUACAUGAAACCAUCAGUAUUGUGGAGGCAAACCCUGGAAAGUUCCGUUUAGGAGAACAUGAACUCCAGGAAAGGCGGGAUUUUGUGGUGCAAACGCGGAAAUCCGUGCAGCUGAUGAAGGAGCAGCUCUCUAGUCCCUCAGCUGUGGCUCAAGCAGAGAAGAAAAACAAACAGGCUCUGCUCGGGGCCACAGCAAAGGAUCGUUACGCUGGUCUGGAGCCUCACCUAGUGUCUGCAAACUCCAGAUACAUUCAGGAGCAACAGGAACAGCAGCAGCUGAUCAUGCAGGACCAGGAUGAGCAGUUGGAGCUGGUCACAGGCAGUAUCCGUGUCCUGAAGGACAUGUCCAGCAAGAUAGGAGAUGAGCUGGAUGAACAGGCAGUUAUGCUCGGUGAGUUUAAUGAAGAGAUGGACCAGACCAGUUCCAGAAUGGACUCCGUGUUGAAGAAAAUGGAGAAAGUUUCACACAUGACUAGCAGUCGAAGACAAUGGUGUGCUAUUGGAGUUCUUGUAAUCAUACUGAUUGUGGUGCUCAUUCUGUUCUUUGCUAUUUAAACUGGACUCUUCUUGGGCUUCCGUCGUGCCAGAAGCGAACAGAAUUUCACCAUGGUUCUUCCUUCUAAGCUUCCGUUUACUUUGUGAGAAAGAGUUCAAUUCUUUUUAUCUCCUUUCCUUGUCUUUUUGAAUUCAUCUGACGCAUAUGUCUUCUGGCUCAGCGUUUCACUCUCUCUCACUGCUUUUGGGUUGUACUCCUCGGCAAAGUCUAUUCCAGAAUUUCACUGGUGCUGAGAUGGAAGUUAACAGUUUUUGUAUUUCUUAUGUUUUAUUGUGGUACAGAGUGUAAGUGGGGAUGAGGAAUUUGAUAUUGCCUUAUUAUAUUUUUAUACGUUUAAUUCUUAAAACAGUACAAUAAUUGUGUACAUUAUAAAUGCCCGUGAAAGAGAUGGACAAUAUGUGUGCUAGUGGUUCACCAAUUAGGUAACGGUUUAAAAUUUGUUGUUUGAAGAAAUCUGAAUCGACAUAAUAACAAGCAGUAUGAGUAAAGCAGGUUCAUAGCGCCCUCUAGAUCUGCAACAGACAUUAUAAAAACAUCUGGAACUGUGAUGGUGUGGGUUGGAAAUUACAAUCUAAAAUUAUGGUCAGAAGUGGGGUAUUAUUUUAAUUGUGUUUUUAAAGAAAAGUCACACCAUUUGGCAUUUACACCAUUUGCUCUUACUUUAUGGACAAAUCUGACAUUUAUUGCAUAAUUUAGGGUGAGCUUGCAGAAAAGAUCAUUUGCACUUUUCAUGAAUCUUCAUGGAUGCGUUGUGUGCUUCUUGUAAGUAUUUGGAUUUCCUGUAUUUUAAAAUAUGAUUUUAUGCAUUGCUUUUGAGUUUACUGUACAUUGGACUGUAAAGUGUCAUAUUACUGUGGAGAUCUGUGUAGAAUCAUCUGGACAGUUAUGCCUUCAUUGCAUGCCACAGUGAUAUUCCAUACCCAUUACGCCAAUAUUUAUAAAAUAUAAUGGGCUUUUUACAAUUAUUAUUAGUUUUAAGAAAAUUAAUUUUUUAAUUGCCAUCCAAAUCAACAAGAUGCAUGUCCUGAAAGUCAGCUGUCAACUGAGAGAAUCCCCUAAAGAGCUGAUCAGACCCCAAGGUAAUGAUCAUUACUUGAUAUUUCUGUUCCCAGACUUGAGCUGAGAUCUAAUAUUGUGUCUGUCUGUGGGUGAACUAAUGAACAUUUUGUACUCGAAUCCUCCAUGCCAAUGAGUUGUUUCCGGUGUCCCCUCUGAUCUGGGUGUGAGGACACUAUGUGUCUGUGGGUGAAUGUAUAAUGUUCAAUGCUUUCCUCUUUCCACAUUAACUGAAUAUGACACAUUUCAGUAUUGAUUUGUCAAGUAUAAAUUUGUAAUAUGAUUAAAUAUAUAAACCCAUAAAUAGCUGGAAGUCAGAUUCAACUCCAAGCAUAAGAGUUUUUAAAAAAUGUAAGCCUUAAAAAAUGUCAAUAGUGUCUAAAAAUGUGGAACAAAGUAUUAAAACUUAAUACCUCUUAUAUGCCCAUUUAGGGAGAUUUGGUACGUAUCUGAUUUUCUUUUAUUUUAAAAUGAAUGUCUUUCAGUGCUGCCUAUAUAUAAAUGAAUGCAUUUCAAAAGUCUAAUGCCCUUGUCACUUGUUUUUGUAAGCAUUUGUAUUAUAUACAACUUUGGACUUUAUUUGGCAUCUUGAUCAAUCUAAAUGGUUCCUGAUUAAAGUGUAUGCCUUUGACGUGUA